AUGCGCCCCCCGCCGCCUCUCGGGCUGCGCCGCCUCGCGGGGAUGAAGCGCCGGCCGUGAAGAUGGAGGUGACCUGCCUUCUACUUCUGGCGCUGAUCCCCUUCCACUGCCGGGGACAAGGAGUCUACGCUCCAGCCCAGGCCCAGAUUGCACAUGCAGGUCAGGCAUGUGUAGUGAAAGAGGACAACAUCAGCGAGCGCGUCUACACCAUCCGGGAGGGGGACACUCUCAUGCUGCAGUGCCUUGUCACCGGGCACCCUCGGCCCCAGGUGCGCUGGACCAAGACCGCGGGGAGCGCGUCGGACAAGUUCCAGGAGACGUCGGUGUUCAAUGAGACGCUGCGCAUCGAGCGCAUCGCGCGCACGCAGGGCGGCCGCUACUACUGCAAGGCGGAGAACGGCGUGGGCGUGCCGGCCAUCAAGUCCAUCCGCGUGGACGUGCAGUAUCUGGACGAGCCGGUGCUGACGGUGCACCAGACGGUGAGCGACGUGCGAGGCAACUUCUACCAGGAGAAGACGGUGUUCCUGCGCUGCACUGUUAACUCCAACCCGCCUGCCCGCUUCAUCUGGAAGCGGGGCUCUGACACCCUGUCCCACAGCCAGGACAACGGGGUCGACAUCUAUGAGCCCCUCUACACCCAGGGGGAGACCAAGGUCCUGAAGCUGAAGAACCUGCGGCCCCAGGACUAUGCCAGCUACACCUGCCAGGUGUCUGUACGUAACGUGUGCGGCAUCCCAGACAAGGCCAUCACCUUCCGGCUCACCAACACCACGGCACCACCAGCCCUGAAGCUGUCUGUGAACGAAACUCUGGUGGUGAACCCCGGGGAGAAUGUGACGGUGCAGUGCCUGCUGACAGGUGGUGAUCCCCUACCCCAGCUGCAGUGGUCCCAUGGGCCUGGCCUGCUUCCUCUGGGUGCUCUGGCCCAGGGUGGCACCCUCAGCAUCCCUUCAGUGCAGGCCCGGGACUCUGGCUACUACAACUGCACAGCCAUCAACAAUGUGGGCAACCCUGCCAAGAAGACGGUCAACCUGCUGGUGCGAUCCAUGAAGAACGCCACGUUCCAGAUCACCCCUGACGUGAUCAAGGAGAGUGAGAACAUACAGCUGGGCCAGGACCUGAAGCUGUCGUGCCAUGUGGAUGCGGUGCCCCAGGAGAAAGUGACCUACCAGUGGUUUAAGAAUGGCAAGCCAGCACGCAUGUCCAAGCGGCUGCUGGUAACCCGCAACGACCCUGAGUUGCCUGCUGUCACCAGCAGCCUAGAGCUCAUUGACCUGCACUUCAGUGACUAUGGCACCUACCUGUGCAUGGCUUCCUUCCCAGGGGCGCCUGUGCCCGACCUCAGCGUCGAAGUUAACAUCUCCUCCGAGACAGUGCCGCCCACCAUCAGCGUGCCCAAGGGCAGGGCCGUGGUGACUGUGCGCGAGGGCGCGCCUGCCGAGCUGCAGUGUGAGGUGCGGGGCAAGCCGCGGCCGCCCGUGCUCUGGUCACGCGUGGACAAGGAGGCCGCGCUGCUGCCCUCAGGGCUUCCCCUGGAGGAGACUCCGGACGGGAAGCUGCGGCUGGAGCGCGUGAGCCGCGACAUGAGCGGGACCUACCGCUGCCAGACGGCGCGCUAUAACGGCUUCAAUGUGCGCCCCCGGGAGGCCCAGGUGCAGCUGAACGUGCAGUUUCCGCCGGAGGUGGAACCCAGCUCCCAGGACGUGCGCCAGGCGCUGGGCCGGCCGGUGCUCCUGCGCUGCACGCUGCUGCGAGGCAACCCCCAGCGCAUCGCCUCGGCCGUGUGGCGCUUCAGGGGACAGCUGCUGCCACCGCCCCCCGUCGUGCCAGCCGCCGCAGCCGAGACCCCGGACCACGCCGAGCUGCGCCUCGACGCCGUGACCCGUGACAGCAGCGGCAGCUACGAGUGCAGCGUCUCCAACGACGUAGGCUCGGCCGUCUGUCUCUUCCAGGUCUCGGCCAAAGCCUACAGCCCGGAGUUUUACUUCGACACCCCCAACCCCACCCGCAGCCACAAGCUGUCCAAGAACUACUCCUACGUGCUGCAGUGGACUCAGAGGGAGCCUGAUGCUGUUGACCCUGUGCUCAACUACAGACUCAGUGUCCGCCAGCUGAAUCAGCACAAUGCCAUGGUCAAGGCCAUCCCAGUACGGCGUGUGGAGAAGGGGCAGUUGCUGGAGUACAUCCUGACCGAUCUCCGCGUGCCCCACAGUUAUGAGAUCCGCCUCACACCCUAUACCACCUACGGGGCUGGUGACAUGGCCUCCCGCAUCAUCCACUACACAGAGCCCAUCAACUCUCCGAACCUGUCAGACAACACCUGUCACUUUGAGGAUGAGAAGAUCUGUGGCUAUACCCAGGACGUGACAGACAACUUUGAUUGGACACGGCAGAACGCCCUCACCCAGAACCCCAAGCGUUCCCCUAACACUGGUCCUCCCACGGACAUAAGUGGCACCCCAGAGGGCUACUACAUGUUCAUCGAGACAUCCAGGCCCCGGGAGCUGGGGGACCGCGCGAGGUUGGUGAGUCCCCUCUACAAUGCCAGCGCCAAGUUCUACUGUGUCUCCUUCUUCUACCACAUGUACGGGAAGCACAUUGGCUCCCUCAACCUCCUGGUGCGGUCCCGGAACAAAGGGGCUCUGGACAUGCACGCCUGGUCCCUCAGUGGCAAUAAGGGCAAUGUGUGGCAGCAGGCCCAUGUACCCAUCAGCCCCAGUGGGCCCUUCCAGAUUAUUUUUGAGGGGGUUCGAGGCUCGGGCUACCUGGGGGAUAUUGCCAUAGAUGACGUCACGCUGAAGAAGGGAGAGUGUCCCCGGAAGCAGAUGGAUCCCAAUAAAGUGGUGGUGAUGCCGGGCAGCAGAGCACCCCGCCAGUCCAGCCUGCAGCUGUGGGGGCCCAUGGCCAUCUUCCUCUUGGCAUUGCAGAGAUGAUGAGAACUGCGUGCCCCCCCCACCCUGCCCCCGGCACACCAAAGUGUCCACAUUGUACCAAAGACUGACCCCCGCCAGCCGGGGUGACCAGGGGCAGGGCCUGCCCGCCAGGGAGGGGGCCUGCUUUGACUGCGAGGAGAAACAGAGAACAAGGACAGAGGCCAUCACUGAGGCCCUAGAGACGGCUGUUCAACACACGCACACAUGCAUACACUCACGCUCUCACACACAGAUAUAUUAAAGCACAAGUUUCUAUCCGA